GUUGAAGUGAACACUUACCGAAAUUUGAAAACACCGUUUAGCUCGGAGGCUUUAGGUGGUGCUGAUACAGCCGUUCGAAGUGAAGUUGUCGACGAUUUUUAACGUUAAAUACAAUGGAUCUUUGUAACGAAGAAGAUAUCAAAAUGUAUUUUUAUGAGAACAGACUGAAAACUUUCGAGGGGUGGCCAUUCGACGAAGACUGUACAUGUACACCGGAGAACAUGGCCAAAGCUGGCUUCAUUCAUACCCCUUCAGAGAACAGCCCAGACAUCGCUAUGUGUUUCUUCUGCCGUAAAGAGCUGGAGGGCUGGGAGCCGGAGGACGACCCAGAAAAGGAGCACAAAUCUCAUUCACCUUCCUGCCACUUCAUCGCCCUGAAGAAGAAAGUGGAAGAACUGACAGUGGAGGAAUUCUUCAAACUACAGAAGGAGAGGCACAAGUUCAUCAUUAACAAAUCCUGUAACGAGGCCAUCAGCAAGUUUGAAGAGGCAGCCAAACUGAGAAGAACAGAUAUCAUCAAGACAGCCAUGGGUGAAGAGUGACGUGAGAAUAGAUGCUGAUGAAUGAGAUGGGUGGUGUGUGAGAGAUUAAUUGUAGCUGGAAAGCGACUGACUGUUUUCUGCUUGAAAUGCUUUUCAUGUUCCCUCCAUAAGCCCUCAUGUUUUCUUUGUAACACUGUCAUCUGUAUUAACUCCCGUUUUUAUUCAUUAAACUUGUUCUUUGCUGUGAAA